ACUGUCACCGAUUGAUUUGACAAGCAGUUUUACAGAUUUACAGCUGUGUUCGUAAAUAAAUGUAACGAAAAUCGCGAUCUCUUUGUUUUCAUUUCGACAAAAGAAGUUAUUAUUUGUUGUUUGAAGUCGAUCAAAUUGUGAUUACGAUGCUGCGAGUUAAGAUUCAUAUAGCAAUAAGUGCUAUAGGAGCCGUUUUAGGCUUGUCUGCAUUUAUAUGUUUUUGCCUUGUUUAUGCAAACAUUGAAGCCGGAAUGUGGGCACUAUUAUCUGGUACUCAUGCAUCAUUGGCUCUGAUGCUGCAUUGCCACUACCUCAAGGAGUCGCUGCAUGUAAACUUCUCCAGGAAAGCAUUGCAGUACAUCGGUGACUUUGGCAUAGUCGGUUUUGUCUCCGGACUAGCACUGACAAUGUUCUACCUUUUCUUGGAAAUAUAUUACAAAGCUGAUGUGCUGCCAAUCAAGUCGAGCAUCCUGAUCCGACUCGUCUGGUCGUUCAUGAUGAUGAAGUGGGGUCUGAUGCUGUACCUGACCACCAAGAAAUACCUGAGGACCUACAACGACCACCAGCUCUUCUCCGAAAACCCUCAUAUUGAGGAGACGUAAUUAUUUCACUGUUUGAUAGAAAAUUGCUUCAGUCUAAGUGGUUUUGUUGGUAUCGUUUUAAAAUUUAUAUCAAAAUUUAUGCUUCACUCACAAUGAAAGGUCACAAAUGGUUAAGCUUGGGCGAUCAAUUGCUGUACCUAAUCUUUCUUUUAUAUUUUAGCUAAUAAGUAUUUUUAGGCUGUUUCUUUGACUCAAAAUAAUAGUCACAAUAUCAAGCCUUUAUCUUAUCUACUUGGGACUAUGAUCUUAAACCACUUCUUUACCUUGUUCUUUAUCUUUCGACCAGUAUAGCCUUGUGUGUGAUAUACUGACAUACGAUUUUAUUCCUGAAAUAUAUUAUAUGAAAAAACGUUAAAGAUGAUAAUCGUAUAUCACACGAAAGCUGAGUUAUUGCCUUUUGUCAGCGAAAACCUGAUACAGCGAGAUGGACAACCUGCUGGACAGGAGGAAGGGGAAACCACAUGGACCGUAUGAUAUGGAUUAAUAGACGAAUAGGUAAAUAAUUGGAAGAAAAAGUGGUUAGAAGGCUAUUUUCUCAGUUACUUAUAAAAAAUACUUAUGAAAAAAUUUCGAAUCCCGAAUCCCGAUGGGAAUUGAAGAAUACUCAGUUAAAUGUUUUAAAAUGUUCCUUUAUUUUUUUCUUUGUAACCUAUGACUUUUUUCGCUAAAUACCAAAUUUUUAUUUAGGCAAUAUAAGUAAAGUAAUAUUAUGUUUAGUGUGUAACUUGCUUGAAAAACUAUGUUAUAAUCUAUUUUAUCUGAUGAAAUAUAUGUAUAUCUCAAAAUUCAAUGAAAAAAUAUGUCGAUGUUCCGCCAAAAUUUUAUAAUAUCAUAUUUUUCUAAUAGAUAAGUAUUGUUUUUUCUUUGUAUUUUACUAUCUAUGUAUCUCAUUCAAAUAGAUCUUAAUAUUAUAAUAGGUACAUAUCAAAAUUAUUAUAUUUAAGUGAAUAUUAUUAUUUUUCAAUUAUUUAUUACGUGUUAUUUUCAAUACAGCAAAACCACUUAGAUAUAAAAUAUACUACGGAUACUUAUACCUUAUUAUUAUUCAUAUUCUUUUUGUGAUAUUGUAGUGACCUUUUAUUGACUGAAUUAUAAAAAAAAUAUUGUCGAAUUUAGGCCAACCUAUGACUGAAAAUUUUCUAUGUAUUGGCUCUCAUUUUCCUUCACUCAUUCAUUCAUUGAAGUUCACUGCAUAAAUAGGGUAGUAUCUUAUUUAAUUUUAAUGUCCGUCUGGUAGAUUUUUUAAAACAUUAGACACGUUUUUUUUUCUUUUCUUACAAAAUUAAAUACUUUCAACGAUACGUUGAUUUGAAAUGUCGUUUGACGUCACGAUUUACUACAUUUUAUAGGGCAGCGUGACGUAACGACGAUAAAUAAAUACGUAUCUAAUAUUUUAAUUAUCUGACGGACAAAUUAGAUUUUUAAUUUUCAUACCCUGUCUACUACCCUAUAGAUAUACUUUUUUCUUCAUAGAUUUCUAUAAUAGUGUUACAUUUUUCUUUUCUUUAUAAAUAUAUAGUUUAUGAUUGUUUAGUAUGCGUUAUCGUUGUCAAACUAUAGUCACUUUAAAUCUAUACCUGCUUCUUGUUAUCUCAUCUUAUCAUUGUACCGACUGACUGUCUCUCAUUUUCUUAUGAUUUAUCAUGUACUUCACCUCAUCUGUACCAUAUCUACUUAUUUACUUUUUAGUUAACGUUGAAUUAAAUUGAAAAAUAAACAUACCACUAAUAUAAAUUGUAGAACGUUUUAAAUAUUAGAUAAGCACUCAUAAUUGUAUAUCUAAUUUUAACAUUUCAUAAAAUUACCGUAGUGCUAAUUCCAGUGUUAAUGUUACGGCAUAUAUUUGGGUAAAAAACAUAUAAAUAAAUACUUAAUAUGUUCUCGUUAUAUUUAUUAAAAACCAGUUAUUAACUGUAGUUAAGAUUUAGUGUUCUAAUAAGUUAAAGUUGUACGGUGUCUAUGCUAUUGAAAUGAUUAUUGUCAAAUGUAGAUAAGACUUAAAUAAAACUGUUUUUUUUUA